CAAUACAUUUGUUUUUGGGCGAAACUUACCGAGUCUCUGAUUGGCUGGAGGUUUUAAAGUAGCGUGUUCGCUCCUCACUGAACCUCCCUCUAUAAAAACCGAUGAUGACACGAGCUUUUCAUUCUUCAGAGCAAAUUGAUGGAAUUACGCAUUUGGAGAGGACAAAGUAAACCUUUUUAAUACUGGAUUUCCUUUCAUGGUUGAAUUUGUGAUUUCCACACGUUGGUGAACAUUCUCUUAACUCCCAUCGCAGCCUUUUUUUUUCUAACGGUUUCUGAACUCGGGACGAGUGGUCUUUACGCACACUUUACGCACACUUUGCGCCAUGGCGAACGCGUGUCUCCAACUGAGCGGCUUCCUCUUCAGCUGCCUCGGCUGGUUGGGCGUAAUCAUCGCGACCGCCACCAACGACUGGGUGAUCAUGUGUAAAUACGGUCUGAACACCUGUAAGAAGAUGGACGAGUUGGGAGCCAAGGGACCUUGGGCGGACUGCGUCAUCUCCACUGGGCUGUACCACUGCGUGUCCCUGACACAGAUCCUGGACCUGCCAGCCUACAUCCAGACGACUCGCGCCCUGAUGAUCUCAGCCUCCAUCCUGGGUCUCCCCGCAGUGGGAAUGCUCCUCAUGUCCAUGCCCUGCAUCAGUCUUGGCAGCGAAGCGCAGAGCUCCAAGAACAAACGCACCAUCCUGGGAGGAGUGCUCAUACUCAUAGUUGCGCUGUGUGGAAUGGUAUCCACCGUGUGGUUUCCCAUCGGCGCCCACCACGAGCACGGCUUGAUGUCGUUCGGCUUCUCCCUCUACACCGGCUGGGUGGGCACCAUCUUCUCCCUGCUCGGCGGCUCCAUCCUCACCUGCUGCUCGUCCGACGUCUCCUCCUCCUCCUCCUCCUCCUCCUCCCCCCGCUCCUACCAGGACAACAACCGCUUCUACUACUCCAAGCAGGGAGGAGGCAACCAGCCGGCCGCCUCCGUCACCAACCACGCCAAGAGCGCCCACGUCUGAGCUGUGGGAGGCGCUCAAGUCCCCGCAUGGGUGUUUAGUGAGACUGUAAUUAGUUUGUAUAUAGAGACACGAGAGCGCGCAAACACACAUGAUCAGUUUCCAACGCUGUGUUUUCAACCUGAGCCUGAUUGUACAGAUGUAUCUGAUGUUAGUGUGUGUGUGUGUGUGUGUGUGUAUGCAAAUUGUAGGGAUGGAGAGAGAGAAAAGCAAGAGUCAGACGGUUGAGUGAAUCAAAAGCACUAUUCACUCCGCUGUAACGUGAAAUACAGUUUUUUGUUCGUUUUUUUACUUAGAGAAAUAUGAUCAUUGUUAAUAUUUUCGGCGGAGGCUAAAGAAGGAUCGACGUUCCGGUGCAGAGAAGUGAAAACUAUACUAUACUAGACUUAGGGCGUGUGCUUUCCGGGUUAACUCAGGUCUGGACACUGAGCACAGAAACACAAACACACACACACACCAACGACUGCUUUAGUUGGAGCUCGACCACCUGUGGCCUUGUAGACUGAGUUAUGGAUCCAGAGAUGAAAUCUCCCGCGUGCCUUUGUUGAUGAACAUAUUUUUAAAUCGCAUAAGAUCAUGGUCUAUUUUUUCACGGUUUGUUUUUAUCGUGACUCUUGUUGCAGUGUUGAACAACGCUCAAAUACAUUUGCCACAAAUCCUUCUGGCGACUGCUGGAUGACUGAAUGCUGGUAGAGUUGAGAAUAUACAGUUUUUAUAGUCUGAAGUUAAUAUUUUAGAAGUGCACUCGGUGUCAAAUAUACUCUAAUUUGACUGACUUGCAUUGUUUGGAUAAAAGUGGAAACCACAAAAUGUUGUGCAUGAAACUCAGUAUUAUGUAGAUUAGUGUGUCUUCAUGACUUGAAUUCUCAAAAUCACAAAUAUGCUCUGAAUACACGUGGAACCUUCAUAUCUCCAAUUCACAAUUCCAUGGACGGCAGUAUUAUCUGGUUAUUUAUUGUUGUUGUUUUUUUGUUCGACAUGCUUCAGUUUCAUUUUCUACAAUAAAGAUUAAA